AUGGAUCACGACCAAUUCAGAACCGCUGCCCAUUCAGCAAUUGACGAUAUAAUAAGCUACUUUCAAACUCUCCCCUCGCAACGCGUUGUCCCAGCCAUCGAACCCGGCUACCUUCGCCCCCAAAUUCCCUCCAAUCCACCCACGGACCCAGAAUCAUGGCCCGACAUCCAAGCCGACAUCGACACAAAGAUCAAACCCGGUCUCACGCACUGGCAAUCACCAAACUUCAUGGCAUUUUACCCAGCCAACGUGACAUACCCGUCUAUCCUGGGAGAGAUGUAUAGUGCUGCAUUCAAUGCGCCAGCGUUUAAUUGGUUAUGUUCUCCUGCAUGCACGGAGUUGGAGACGAUUGUUAUGGACUGGGUUGCGAAGGCGCUUGCAUUACCCGGGUGUUUUCUGAGUGAUUCGGAGAAUCGUGGGGGCGGAGUUAUCCAGGUUUCUGCGAGUGACUCGAUUGCAACUGUUAUGGUUGUCGCGCGGGAGCGGAUGGUACGGGACCUUGUGCUUGCGGAGGGGUUGAGAGAAGGCACGCAGGAGUUUGAAGAGCGGAUGAUGGAUUUGCGGCCACGGUUGGUUGCGUUGGGGAGUGACCAGACACAUUCUAGUACGGCCAAAGGGGCGAUUAUUGCGGGGACGCGGUAUCGUAGCGCCAAGGCGCGGUUAGAGGAUAAUAUGGAGAUGACCGGGAAGGGUCUAAGGGGUGUAUUGGAGCAGUGUGAGCGGGAUAACCUGACGCCGUAUUAUAUCACCUUAACUAUGGGGACGACGAAUACAUGUGCGUUAGAUCGGUUUGCGGAGAUCAAGGCCGUGUUGAGCGAGAAGCCCGCUUGGCAGAGGAUCUGGGUGCAUAUCGAUGCGGCAUAUGCGGGGUCUGCGCUGAUCGCAGAAGAAUGGCAGCACAUCGCGCAGGACUUUGCAGAGGGCGUCGACUCGUUCAACACAAACAUGCACAAAUGGCUUCUCGUCAAUUUCGACGCGAGCUGUCUCUUCGUCCGCAGCCGUCAGGAUCUCAUCGACGCACUGGACAUCACACCAGCCUACCUACGCAACACUUACUCAGAAACCGGCCAGGUAAUCGACUACCGCAACUGGUCCAUCUCCCUGGGGCGGCGGUUCCGCGCGUUGAAGAUCUGGUUCGUCAUGCGCAGCUACGGUCUUACUGGGAUGAAAGCGCAUGUCCGCAAGGCUAUUACCUUAGGAAACACCUUUGAAGACUUGGUUCGAAGUCGCACGGACUUGUUUGAGAUUAUCACCAGGCCUGCGUUUGGAUUGACUGUUUUCCGGAUUAAGGCGCCUGGUGCGUCUGCUAAUGGAUCUGUUGUGCAGCCUGAGGAAGCAUGCAAUGCUUUGACGAAGAAGGUGUAUGAGUUGAUUAAUGCCCGGGGAGAGAUUUUCAUUACCGCUAGUGUUGUGGCGGGUGUACAGGCGAUCCGGGUUGUGAGUGCCAGUGAGGCAGCUCAGGAGUCGUAUAUUCGACGGGCGUUUGACAUUAUUGUCAAGACUACGGAAGAAUCGCUGUAG